AUGGGGACGGAGCGGAGUCCGCAAGAAGUUGAAGUCCCAAGGUCAGUGCCCGUACGGGUGGCUCACGAGCUCCUCCAAGCUGGACAUCGUUACCUGGAUGUCAGGUAGAUUGUCGUAAAUGCUUAGUGACGAUGAUGGAGUUGCUUGAGUUUCCCUGCUUGGAAUAUCAGAGAAUUAAAGUUUUUGGUAUUCUAACUUUCCUUCAGAACGCCGGAAGAGUUCGGUGCUGGGCGUCCAAUCGGGGCCAUAAACAUCCCAUACAUGUUCAGGAUCGGAUCAGGUUCGCAUUGUCUGCUGAUAUUCUAUCGACGAAGUCGGCGAAUAUGGGUUUUGGAAAUAAUCGUUUUAUAAUUUUAACUUGGAAUAUAUUCAUACCCCAUAAAAUAAAUUGAAAAUUCCUCUAUAUGCACAUGUAUCAGAAAGAAUUAUCAUCUACUAUCGUCUGCUUUGCUUCUAAAUCAGACCGAUCUCUGAAUCGGCCAAUAGUUUAACUGCAUUUACGAAAUAGGCUGUGAUGGAAGCAUAGAGCUUGUUCGAGCGUCUGUAUCCACAUGUGUGCGCUUGUUCUAUGAUUCGUGGUCAUAGAAUUCCCUUCACUGCGUUUAUCUUAUGUUCCUGAAUUCAAGCAAGAAAGUGAUGCACCAGUGGUAGCAGUGACGCUAACUCUGACGAUUGUAGAUAGACUUUUCAGAGAAAGUGAGUCAUACCUUAGUUUUGGUUAUAUUCUUAGUGAAUAUUACCAAUCUUGACUGGUUUUGUUGACUCUUGAGCGGGUUUUUUUUAACUACUAAUUAUACCAAAUUGUCUUUUCCCUUUGAAACGUGUUCAGGAAUGUCGAAAAAUCCCAAGUUCCUGGAGGAAGUCUCUUCUAUAUUCGGAAAAGAUGACGAAAUAAUUGUGGUGUGUGCAUAUACGUUUUGUCCCGUUUAAUUUGUCUUGAAUUCAUUUAAUGUAUCUCAAGUUGAGAUAUAUGCCUCUCUUUCUCAGGGAUGCCAGAGUGGAAAGAGAUCUCUCAUGGCUGCAACUGAUCUCACUUCUUCUGUAAGUUUUCCUUGAAGCGUGGAGAAAAUACUUCGCUUUAAUUUUUCAUCAAAGUGAUGCUUGAAGGAAAAUGAUGAAAUUGUAUUUUCUGUGCAUUAUAAUUAUUUGGAUAAAUUGCGAGUCUAUUGACUAUCCCACAUUAUUGUCUAGUCCUUGAUGAAUUUAUCCUUCCCAAGACAACAUAUAAAGGCCUUGACGAGUUUCAAUCGCCAUAGUUGAGGCGUUCUGACAGAAACAAGAAUCACGACUGAUCGGCAGCAUGCCUAUUCAUUUUUUUUCUCAAAGGCUAAAUUUCUUCUUCUCAAUAAUUAAGCCAGAUUAACUGAUUUUUUCUUCUUCUUCUUUGUAUUCAGGGUUUUACGGGCGUCACAGAUGUUGCGGGUGGAUACUCUGCGUGGGUACAGAAUGAACUGCCUUCGGAAUUGUAG